UCGUGGGGUGUCAGACUGGAGGAGGCGCCACCGAAAAUCGGCCGUGGAAUGGGUUGUUCAGUUAGUUUUGUGAGGUUGAAGGGCACAUGUGAUUUUAGGAAGAUUACCUAUAAACUGGCAACAUUUUUUUAUAUUUAUUGGAAGACUAUUGCUGAGUACCUUUUGGACAAACCAAGAAGCUCCAUACCGACGUUGGAACAACCUCUUAUCCAUGCAAGUAGGAUGUUCAGCUCAAGUGAUCAGGCUAUAUGCAAUUGUUUCGUUCAGUGCAAACUGCAUGGGUAAUCGGACGAAUCGUAUUGCACUGUUUUGAUAUGAGUCGGAGGACGAUGAGACGGCAAGAGAACACAACGGCAGCAUAGGAGCAGUAGUUCCGCACGUGACCAGGACCAAGAGUUUUGGAUACUCAACCAUGAAGACCCCGAAAUCCAACGGCGAGAUGCCAGGCUCCCCCUCGCGCUCUCGGAAGUCUCGCUUCAGCCUCCGCGGCCGGAAGAAGAAGGAGAGCCUGAUCCAGGGAAAGCUGCGCAUCCGCUCCAUGCCAGGUGUCUUCUUGGUCCUGGGUGUCAUCGUGGUGGUGGUGGGCACUGCCCUGGCCGUGGCAGGGUACUGGCCCUACCGGACGCACCGCUCAGUCUUGCCUGAACCGACUGAUGGAGGAGGGGUUGUGGAGCCUCAGGCUUCUGGCUGGAGUCUGGGGGCCAAGGGCUUCCUUUCCACAGCCAGCCUCAUCCACAGUGAGAGGAUGAAGCUGCUGGGCCCUGUCAUCAUGGGCGUGGGCCUCUUCAUCCUCAUCUGCGCCAACACGGUGCUGUAUGAGAACCGCGACAGGGAGACCCAGAUGCUCCUGGCUCAGAUGCGCAACGUCAUCUGCUCCGUGUCAGCGGCAGUGCCCUCGGCCGACCUCUCGGAAAUUGCGGCAGCCAACUCCAUGGCGAGACACUACCAGUGGUUGAGCACUCUGCCCGCCGCCCACCUCAAUAUUCUGUGUCUACAACAGCUGGCCUGUUCUGAGCCCUUAUUGCAGACCAGGGACCUGGGGGAGGAGGACAUGCCAGGCAAAACCUACCGGCAGGCUACUCUGAGGACAGAGGCCUUGCACCACCAGGAGUCCGCCUCCACCCCCUCCCUCCACUCAUCCCACUCCAAUUCCUGCAACUCCAGCAAGACAGACUGCAACACACUGGCAGACACGGAGGUAGACCCCCAGCGCGCCACCCUCUUUAAGCUCAACAACUGCCUGGUGUCGGCCAGCUCCAUGUCCACCCUGGGUGUGGAUGACUGGGAUGUCCCCGCCACGCUGCCCAGACGCUCCCACAGUGUGAGCUACAGAACUAACCCUCGUGACCCACACACCACUGCAGUGUGUCUGGGGGACAAGCUGGCAGCACCCUGCGGACAGGGACAGUUAGGAAGGGCCAAGCCUGCCAGGAGAGAGUCCAACGCAGACGUGUGUGUGAACGUCUGUGGCCGGGAGGCAGAGCCCCCGGAGCUUGCGUCUGUUGAGGUGCAGAGGCAUCGGAGCUGGCCCCGGAUAGACCUGGGGUAUGCCAGGCGCUACCUGAAGCUGGAGAAUAAGGAGGACUCUGUCGACAAGCUGCUGGACCAACUAGAGCAGCAAUGCUCUCAGUGGGAUAAGAGCUUUGGCUCGGGGCCUUUCCAGUGAGGGAGAUCUUGGCAAGGAUCCAUCAGCUUGUUGAAGAAGAAUUCCCAUGGAUGCUAAUGCAUCAAUGAGAAGUGUAGGCUCUUCCUCUGGAUCAUACCACUGCACUUAUUUCCAUUGACUCCUGAAUUCCGAGAGUCCUGAUGCAACCUCAGUCCAGCCCAUGUAUCAUUCUGUGAUAAUACUGACAUACUGUCGGAAACUGUUUUCUUUUGGGAGGUGCAAUGUGAAGGAGCUUCCAGUGUUAAGAUAUCUAAAGAUACAACACUUGGUCAUUGCUUCUUAGGCUGUGGAGUUCAAAGAACAAAAGUUGGGUUCUGUGGAUGAAUUACAUGGAGUUGGCAGGCAAAUAUUAGUUUUUCUAAGAGGGUAAAAACUCCAUAUCACAUACUGUCAUAGUUGAGUGGAGCGAUUUGCCAGUCUGUUUGCUGGAUUGCAUUUGUGGUUGGCAAAAAUGUGAGGAAUCAAUUUUGUCCUUCCUUUGCCAAAGCGUUACUUGUUUUUAGGAUACAGCAAGCACAUCCUAUUUGAAUGAGAGAGAUAGAUUGUAGGCAGAGGAACUGUCUUCACUGUGUAAUCCAUUUAAAACCAAACCACUAGAAUAUGCAGAGCCUUAAAGGUGCUGAUAGCUUCUGACAAGUGCAGCUAGACUAAAGAAAGGUUGGGGCUUAGACAUGUAAGGUCUAGGAGACCACAUUAGUUGCAUGAUGAAGAUGCCGUAUGUCACAUUGUAAUAAUUAUGCAGAACAAUGGCUGUAUUCGUGGUGUAUUAGGGAGAGAGAGAAAUAGUCAAGGUUCCCUGUCAUGAAUAAUGUGUCGAUUUACAGUGUCCUUUCCCAGGUUAUUAACUAGAUUACCGGAGUGAUAACACCCAGGUUAUUAACUAGAUUACUGGGAGUGAUAACAGCAGAGGAGGCCUCUCCGUCCUCUCCUCUGUUGAUCACUUCUCUCUGAUUCCUAGAAUGAAUAUCAUAUGUCUAGGUGGGGUGUUCAGGAGAAAUAGAGCUUCAAGUAUUGGAGGGCACCAGCAGAGAGACAUCUCUGUUUGAUUUAGUGGGACGAUUCAGUGUAUUUGCAUGCAGUCGGGGAUGUUGGGGGGUAUCGUAAAGGGGAGAACAUGACUCUUUCCAGAGGACACUUCCCCCCUCCUCUUUCUUCUUUUCCUUCUCCCACCCUCCACUCACAGAUGUGAGGAGAGGGCCCCAACAUGUUUACAAUUCCACAGUCUCAAUUUGUCUCGCUCUCUUUGUCUGUACUGCCUGUUUUGUAUGCCGUGUGUGACAACUUGUGUUCUAACUGUAUAUCAAGCAAUAUCAGUGGUCUGACAGAACAAUCAAUGGCCACGUCUGGCCCUGUUGACCCACAGAAUUAAACGUAAUGCCAUGUCAUGCCUGUGUUUUAAAUAUAAGGCAGAGCUAAGAAAAACACAUUUGUGCUGUCAGUCAUUUAAUUAAUUCCAGUUGUCAAGAUCAUGAUCUCAGAAUUUUUUCUCAAUGCAGUAUAAUUAAAUCUUUGCUCAAUGCUGAUGACCCUGCUUCUCAGUAAACAGGCGUUUUUGCAUUUCACUCUGCCUCACAGCUAGACAGUGUCAACUUGGGAUUUGCACAAGGUUGCCUUCAACAUCUCCAGAAAUCUGUUCCUUCCACACUAUUACCUAUCACCGCUGAGCAACACAGAGGGUUGGAUUUGGGAGUAAAUGGAAGGAUAAGAAUGGAGCAAUCUUCAAAGCCUCAGCACUCAUCCAUCUUCCAUUCCUUCACGGAUCUCGUUUUUAUGCUAAAUUCUGUUGUGGGGUUGACAUCCUCUGACCUUGUGUUGAGGCACAGCCACUGUCGCUGAAUCCUGACAGAUCCUGGCACCUUUGUAGAGAUUUGUGCUGGUCACAGCCUCGGUUUGGAGCUGUCCUUAGGGGAGAGAGCGGAAAGAGAAAUUCCCUAGCUGUAAUUAUACUCGGCAACA